GAAGACGACGAAGACGACGAAGAAGACGAAAAUUUUACAGAGUGACGUAUUGAUCGUUCAGUAAAUGGCGGCCGGAAAGAACUACCUUACCAGACCCAGUUACCGAUUUAUUGGUGGGGAAAUAGAGAACUCGAUUAGAUCAGAGUCCGUUUUUGAAUUCGACGAAACGGACACCUGGAAUACGAAUCAAACAUCACCACCGGAAUUCAAGAAGAUGAUGAUACCUAGUUCGAGGGUAUCGAAAAAAUCGGCGAAGAGGAUCGACAAUGGAGGGGAUUAUCAUCGGUCUACAGGAGCCACUGGUUCGUCUCGGCCGGUGAACAUACCUGACUGGUCGAAGAUCCUCAAGGAUGAUUACAGAGACAGUCGCAGAAGAGGGUUUGACGGUAACGUCGACGAUGACGAUGAUGAAGAUGGCGAGGAAGGAAGGAUCCCUCCUCACGAGUUCUUAGCAAGACAAUUAGCUAGGACCGGCGUUUCUUCCUUCUCUGUACAUGAAGGGUUUGGUAGAACUCUUAAAGGCAGGGAUUUAAGUAGGGUUAGAAACGCUAUCUGGGAGAAAACUGGUUUCCAAGAUUAACUCCAUUUUCACAUUCA